AUGACUCACCUUUUUACACCUCCAAUCAACAGUUCCAAAUUUGAUCCAUCAUUAUCUAUAAAGGAGUCAUAUAAGGGACAUUCCGCUCAGGGCAGCAUAGCUUCUAAUAUCUCUUCUACCGAAUCAUCCAAUAGCGAGCUUGGUAAAGAUGAUUCCAAGGGCUCUAAGAGCCCAAAGCUCAGCAAAGAAGAAAUCGAUCAGAUCAGUCAAAUUGGGGAAUUACCUGAUGAGCUAUCUGCCAUGAUUGACGCUUUCAUAGAUGACUUGAAACAACCAAAAUAUGAGCGUCCCUUGUCGGUUCCUCAACUAUCUAGCCUGUUUCAGGCAUUUUAUAUCCGUUUUGACAAGCAUAGUUUCCAUUAUUUGCAAUCAAAGAAGACGACUUCUUCAUCUACAAAUGUGUCAACGUUCUUCAAUGCUAGGGAGACCUUGACUAGUGGUAUUGGUGGCCUCUUUUCCAGAAGUAGAAGUAGUAGUGCAAGUACCAAUGUAUCCACUAGGAGAAAUCGUAGAUCAUCCUCUAUUUUCAGUAAUGAAUCAGGUAGUAACAAUGUGACCCAAAUGCUAUCUCCUGAAGAGAUUCAAAGGCAGUUGAAGACUGAUGCAUUGAACAAUUUAAAGAUUGAAAAAUAUAAAGAUCUAUGCGAAAGAGAUCUAUUCAAUCGAAUUUUGCAAGUUGGAACUUCUGUGCCAAUCAGUAGCCCAUCCAAAUCUGCUAAUGUUAAUGGAAACUCCACAUUAGCUAACUCUACAAUGACCAGAGAUGUUCAUGCAAAGAAGAACGAAUCUUUCAGUAUAGUUAGCUUGUUUAGAAAUAGUCCAGAAUUUGGCGAAUACGACAAGCUAAUUGACGAAAGGGUCAAUCUUUUAUACAGAUUUGAUAAAGAGGAGUUUUUUAGUUUAUCAGACUUUUUAGAUAUUCCCAAAGGGAAUGAUGAAUUUGAUUCUAUACAAUCCAUUGCAAAUAUAAAGAUGGUUCUAGAUGAUUUUGCUAACAAUGUUAUUGCGCCAGGUGAAAAAUGUAAAUGCUUACUGAAAAUGUAUGAAAUUAUGGAGAACUCAAAAGCAAUGUCGAAUGACGAUUUUUUGUCAUUAUUGAUAUAUUACGUUAUCAAAUGUCCAAUGCUACACAUAUUUCUAAACAUGGAGUUUGUUAGACUCUUUAGAAUAAAAAAGAAACUAGUGGAUAGUGAACUUUUUGCGAUCACGAAUCUGGAAGCCGCAUUGGUUUUUAUAGAAGGUUUAACAUUAGAUGACUUACCUCAGUUAUUGCGGGACAAUUUGACUGAUAGAGAAAAGUCUUUGUUUGCUGUACCCAUAAGUAGAAAGGUAAAACUACCUGAAUUAGGGCGGCAUGAAAUUGACAUAGAAAAAGAUGCUGAACUUACUAAAAGAAUUGAGGUUUCACGAACAGCAUCAUAUGAAGGUUUUAGAUCUGUAUUUGAUUCAUCGCUGAGAAAUAUAAUUGAUAGAAUAAGAGCCUAUCCAAUCAGUAAUGGAACUGAAAGUUCGCCUUGGAUAAAUACCGACCUGAAAAAGGAAGUUCCAACUCAACUGUCGUCAUUCAAGCAGGCGCCAAUUUCCAAUUAUACUCCAAGCAUACCAGAAAAUUGGAAGCAAUUUAAAGAUUAUGCCUUCGAAGACUUGACAAUUUCAAACUUACGUGAAAUUUUUGAAAUAUAUAAAGAAAUGGUGGACGAAAACUAG